AUGUGGCAGAAAAAAUCAUUUCUGCUAUUCUUAUUUUACAAUUGUCUGAUCCAAACUGCUUUUUCCGCAAGUCUAGGUGGUUCGGGUCGAAAAACUCUCAUUUCAAGACAAAGUUCUGAGGAGUCGGCAUAUGUUCAGAAGUUGGUAGGUAAAACACAAUAUUUUAUGCCGAAGGUUAUUGACGGGGAUGUUUAUUGCAAAGAAGGAGAUUUUGUUGAAAUAAAGAGUGAUGAAAAUCUUGAAACAUCAAAGAAAGGAUGUAAAUAUAGUACAUCAAAAGAUAUAACUGUUGCAAAAUUAUUGGAAUAUUUUUAUUUGAAAAUUGAUAAAAUUGAAGGAAUGAGAGGAAAACUUGAACAAGUAGAAUUUGAAAAUGAUAAAUGCAAUAUUGGCUUUCCUUUGCCAAAAAAUAUUUUUGGAAAAGCAUUUCUGCUCGACAACGCUUUGUCUUUUUCUGGAGAUGAAUUGGAAAAGUUGGUUCAUGGCGAAGAGAAAAUGGUUUAUGAUAAAUUAUUGAAGGAAGAAGAAGAGAAUGACGAUGAGGAUGAUAACAAAGAAGAAGAGAAUAAUGAUGAAGAAGAAGAAGAGGAUGAGGGAGAUGUUCGUUUAAGUACACAUGUUUUGCUUGAGGCAAUUUACAAGGGCAGUAAUGCAUUCACAAAGGAUUCUAUUUUGGAUUUUGAAAAAAUCCCAGAAAUGGAAUAUAAAUACGAAAUUCAAAAACAAAAGAAAUUUAAAAAUACAUCUAAAAGGAUUUCUCAGAAAAUACAUAAGAUAUUGAAAAAUAUGAUUGAAAGGAUGGAGAAAAAAAUUGGUAAAGAAAAUGAUACUGGAAGCCAAAUAUCCUCGCAGAAGGAAGAACCACCAACAGAGGAACAUGGUGAUUUUGAUAAAGAAAUGACAGAGCUUAAAAAAUUGAAAGAUGACAAGUUAACAAUUGAUAAAAAAUUAAAAUUAGAAAUUUAUGAAAAGAAAGAAGUAAUUGAAAAGAAAAUGAUAGGAAUUCUGAACGGAUAUAAAACAGUUGAAGAAAAGAAAGGACAGAUAGGUGAAUGGAAAAAAAUUGUUGAUAAUUGGGAAAAUGAUGCGAGAAAAUUUUUUGAAAAGAAAAUAGAAAUAAAAAAAGAUAAAGAAGGUCACAAGAAGUUGCUUGAAUAUAAACCGCAUGUAUUUGAAUUCCUUAAGGUAAAUAAAUAA